CUAAAACAGGGCAGAAUCUCACGGUAGGGAAUCGAAUCCAUCAUACUUUUCUUCUCUAAUGGCUGGUUCUCUCCAGGGUUCCUGCUCUCCCGGUAUAACUUACAGACCUGCCCGUCUCGCUCCUUCUUCUGACCCUGAAUCCUUCAGAUCGAUCUCUUUCUCUUCUCAUCUCCACACUCUCUCUUUUAAAUCUUUGGAGCAAAGGCUACAGGUGCAACCAUCUAGGAUGUCCGCAGUUGUAAGAGCAGAGAGCAGCUCCGACAAUGUUCCCAUCGAUACAUCUCUCAGUCCGAGAGUGAAUUCUGUUAAGCCCUCGAAGACGGUUGCCAUAACUGAUCAGGCAACUGCACUUGCGCAAGCUGGAGUACCUGUUAUACGCUUAGCGGCUGGCGAACCCGAUUUCGAUACCCCUGCUGUAAUUGCUGAGGCUGGGAUCAAUGCUAUCCGUGAAGGUUACACUAGGUACACCCCUAAUGCCGGCACUUUGGAGCUUCGUUCUGCGAUUUGUCAUAAGCUAAAGGAGGAGAAUGGGCUGACUUACACACCUGAUCAGAUUGUGGUCAGUAACGGAGCAAAGCAAUCUAUCCUGCAAGCUGUGCUUGCAGUUUGUUCUCCGGGGGAUGAGGUAAUAAUUCCAGCUCCAUACUGGGUCAGCUACCCAGAGAUGGCAAGGCUGGCUGAUGCAACUCCUGUGAUUCUCCGAACACCCAUCUCAAACAAUUUCCUCUUAGAUCCAAAGCUUCUUGCAUCUAAACUCAGUGAUAAGUCUAGAUUGCUUAUUCUUUGUUCCCCAUCCAAUCCAACUGGUUCAGUUUAUCCCAAAAGGCUGCUUGAAGAGAUUGCUGCCAUAGUAUCAAAACAUCCCAGGCUUUUGGUACUAUCUGAUGAGAUUUAUGAGCACAUCAUUUAUGCACCGGCAACUCACAUAAGUUUUGCUUCUUUGCCGGGUAUGUGGGAGAGGACUCUUACAGUCAAUGGGUUUUCUAAGGCCUUUGCAAUGACUGGUUGGCGACUUGGAUACAUUGCGGGUCCCAAACACUUUGUCACCGCAUGCGGAAAGAUUCAGAGCCAGUCCACUUCGGGUGCUAGCAGCAUUUCACAGAAAGCAGGAGUUGCUGCUUUAGGGUUGGGUUAUGCUGGAGGUGAAGCAGUGUCUACUAUGGUAAAAGCAUUCCGGGAACGGAGGGAUUUCUUGGUUAAAAGCUUUAAAGAAUUGGACGGUGUGAAGAUGUCAGAGCCUCAGGGUGCUUUCUAUCUCUUCCUAGAUUUCAGCUUCUACUAUGGGACAGAGGCCAAAGGUUUUGGUGUUAUCAAGGAUUCAGAGUCUCUCUGCCGGUAUCUGCUUGAUGAAGCACAGGUUGCACUUGUACCUGGGGAUGCAUUUGGGGAUGACAGCUGCAUCCGUAUCUCAUAUGCUGCAGCUCUUUCAACACUGCAAGCAGCUGUGGAGAGGAUCAAGAAAGCUUUGGCCCUACUCAGGGCGCCGGUUCCUGCUUGAUGAGGAAAGUUUCUGGUAAUAGGUUCUACACUGUAAUAAUUUUAAAUCAUUUGCAGGAAUGUUGUAGGAAUUAUGAUUAGGAAAAAAUUCAGCUAGUUUGCGAUUGGUGAAAGUUUCUCACCCUGGCAAAGGAGAGUGGAGACAGGGGAAGUCACUGUU